AUCCAGGUGCAGAUCAUCCGACUAUAUUCUGGAAGGAAUAAAAUAAAGUCACCUCUUCUCUCAAAACGGUGAACAUCCCGCUUUCGUGCAUCUCAUCUUGGAUUAAGUUACCCAAAUCUGUCAAAACGUACUUUCUAAUAUGCCCAUGCUGUUGGACGAGUACAAGUCUAAGAGAAACCAGAAAGAGGAACUCUCUUCCUUCCUGGCUACAGCUAUCGGUGGGAACUCAAUUGAAGGGCUGGACCUGAAUACGAAACAGAGACUGGUAGAGACAAUUUUAGUUGACCUUAGGAGCGAGGAUAUAUCCAAAUUAUGGGAUGAUAAAGUGCGGAGUCAAGUUCUUGAGCUCCUAAAGCUGCUCGGCCGCAAUCCAUCCGGGUGCGAUCAGUUGUACUCCCUGGAGGGAAUGAAUACUCUCGUCAUGGCUGCUAAUAUAGCAUCUGGCCAGUAUAACGAAAGCUUGUCCAGUGUUGAGGCCCUAAAGUGUAUUGCGAAUAGUCUAUUGCUUGUCAGUGCUACAAAGGAUUACUUUGCUGAAAGCAAUGGUUCGCCAGCAUGUACCGGCAUUCUCUUUAAAUCAGACGUUUCCGGGUUGAGUCGAUUUCUGGCUGUCCGAAUCCUGUUCUUCGUCACAGUUGAUCGUCCAUCGAUUGUGGCUUCACUCGUGGACAACUAUGAUGUUGCAUCUGGUUUGGCUCAGACUUUAAAAUUCGCGGUAAGCGAAAUGCAGGAUAAACAAUUCACAACGCCAUCUGCUGUGUCGCCACAAAUGAUAAUCACUGAGGCUUUGAAAUUGUUCUUCAAUUUGGCUCUUGUUGAAACUUCCAAGGUUGAUGAAAAUAACUCUGAGGAAUUCUUACAAAAAAAGUUUGCCAACAAGUUUGAACAAAGCAUUUCUUGCAUUUUGAGCCUGAUCAGAGAUUUCCCGCUGUCACCAACCAAUACCUUGUCAUCCCCUCUGUUGAAUGCUAUACAUGCACUAUUACAUGUACCAUAUACGUCAGAUUGGGACCAAGGUGUUGUGGCUAAGCUUACUGAAGCGCUUACUUUAGCCGUUCCGGAACUUGUUGGAGACAAUGCCGAAGAGAACAUCGACCAGCUUCGAGAAAGAAAGGCAGAUGAUACAAUUGCUCCUCUGCUUCUGGUCCUUCGACGGGCGGCUGCGCAUGACAAAUCUUCGCGAGACUAUCUUUCAAAGGAGUUGUUACCGCGUGAAAGUGAUCGCAUCCAACCCGUCAACAAGGGUGAUCAUAUUUCGGCUCGUUUGGUGCGACUCAUGACGUCCACCGCAUUACCCCAUACCAAAGACUCACUGUGCGAUCUGUUCUAUGUCUUAUGUGACGAAGAUGCAACGAAAUUAAGUCAAAAAGUCGGUUAUGGAAACGCCAUUGGAUUCUUGAUGAACAGAAACAUACCACUUCACCCUCCACCAACUGCACAAUCUGAUUCGUCCAGUCCACGCGAAGUGAACCCCAUCACAGGACAGUUUCUGGAUGAAGAAGACCAUGGCCCAUCAUUUGCUGAUAUGACAGAUGAAGAAAAAGAAAGAGAAGCAGAAAGGUUAUUUGUCUUGUUCGAGAGACUGAAAAAGACUGGCGUAGUGGACGUGGAAAAUCCUAUUGCCAAGGCGAUGAGAGAAAACCAUGGACGUGUCACGGAAAUUGAGUCUGACGAAGAUGAUGAAAAUUGAAUUUUUUUUUAUGUUUUCAAAGACGAAGACAGUUUGUGCACAGAUUUAACAAUGAAACUAAUAAACGAAAAAGAUCGAGAUGAAAAAGCGCAUGAAUGGUGUUAUAUGUGAGCUGGAG